UGACCGCGGCAAAAUUACUGAUUAGGUAUCUAUAUUUUAUUUAAUAAAUAUUUACAUAAACAAUGACGGCAAACUGUAAUCUUGAAAUGAAUUAUUUUAAGCCACAGGCCAAACGCAAGCGAGUGUGUCUCAGCUAUCACGCGUAUUUAAAUGUUACGUCUAUUACGCGAAAUUAUUCAGCAAAAUGUCUUUUUAAUUUUUGAAAUUAAUUUAUCAUCAUUUAAAUUAUUUAUUUCUGUGGUACUGUGAUCCAGUUAAUAAAAAGAAAAUUUGUUAUAUUUUCAAAAUGGUUCAAGAAAAUGAAAAUGUAUCGGAAAGUAAUCCAAAUAUAAAUGAUUUAAAUGAAGUCACCAGCAAGCCUUAUAGAGUGACAAUGGAAUUUCCUCUUUUUUUUACAAUAUUGUCUGUAUCACUCUCUGGUGCAGCAAUAAGCAAUAUAUUAUUAUAUCGAACUUGUUUGCACUCAUGUAGUCAUAAUGAAACUGUGUGUCAAGUAUUUUUAUCCCCGGUAAAGAACAAUGGAUCUCAGGAAUUAGAGGAAGAAGUACAGAAGUAUGCAGCCUUUGUAUCUAUGGUUAGAACAAUAAUAGAGUCCCUAGCUCCAGCUCUAUUAUCAUUGUUCCUUGGGGUAUGGUCUGACACAUAUGGGAGAAAACCAUUAGUUGUUUGGCCUUUACUAGGUAUGUCAAUUAGUAGCGGAUUAACUGUCAUAUACAGUAUGAUGGACAAUCUCGGGCCAUGGUGGUUUAUAGCCACAGUUAUUCCUAUGUCACUAUCUGGAGGAUUCACAUCGUUAUUCACUGGCGCAUUUUGCUAUUUGAGCGAUGUCACAUCCAAAGAAAAUCGAUCACUUAGGAUGACAAUAGUAGAGGCAUCGGUUUCCGCAGGCAGUGUUAUUGGUUCCCUAGCGAGCUCAUACUUACUAAGGGCAGUGGGAAAUGUGUAUUUACUAUUAAUUACGGCCUUCCUCUGCGCAAUCGCCUAUGUAUUCACGAAUUGCUGCCUCGACGAAUCAUUGCCGGGGGCUCAAAAGGGUGGCAUUAAAUCUAUAUUGGACUUUAAGUUAAUAAAGGAAAUGAUAACUGAAUGUUUUAAAAAGCGUCAAAAUUACACCAGAGCACAAAUAUUGCUGCUCACUGUUGCAAAUAGUUUGUCUAUCUUUAUAAUGUAUGGAACUAUGAGCUUGGGCUAUUUGUACACGCGACAGAAAUUGCACUGGGCUAUACAACAGUAUACAAUAUAUUCGGCGGCGCAUACGACUAUUGCCUUCUUUGGAUCCUUCUUCGGUGUUGUUUUCAUACAAAAGAUAUUCAAAGUUUCGGACUUGGCGUUUUCGAUGAUCGCUUUUAUAUCGUCAGCGGCUGAAUAUAUUAUCAAAGCUUUUGCAUUCACGACGUGGCAUAUGUAUUUAGCUGCCGGAAUAUCAUUGUUCCGGGAUUUAUCAUCGCCACUUAUCCGUUCUAUGAUUACGAAGAUACUGCCAGCCCAGGAUAUAGCUAAGGUGUUUGCGUUGAUGUGCGCUAUAGAGGGAGUGGCACCGCUGAUAUCACCAGCUGUGUAUAAUUCUUUAUACGCAUAUACUAUAUCAACCUUCCCUGGAGCCUUUUAUAUAUUGUGCACUGCUAUUACUGGAAUCUGUGUGACAUUUUUGGGAAUCGUGCAAUACUUACGGUGGAAGUCGACGAAUAUAACGUAUCAAAACUUGACAAACGAGUAAUUUUAAUUGACCUAAAAUUACUUGAUUUAAUUUAAAUUUUGAUUAAAGCGAAAUUAUGGUAAUACAAUUUUUACUAAUAUGAUGAAAUCGAUUUUUGUUUAUAACGUAAAAAAUAUAUAUUUCGACAACGCAUAUAUAUUUAAAUAAGAUCUCAAUUUAUGUAAUGUUUGUAACGUUAGGUUCGCCUUUAACCGUAUUACAGUUAGUAUAGUUUUCAUGUUAACAAUGAGUACAGUUAAUUCAUAUAAAUCGUGUUUAGUUUCGGUUGUAAAUACGUAUUAAAAACUACUUGCGAUGUUAGAUAUUGCAUCAAACAGUAAAUGCGACAAAUAUCACAAAUCAAUAGAAAUGUACGAUUUAAAUUUUGUUAUUCACUUUGGCAGCUAUAGUAGCGACUUUAAAUGCGUAAUUAACACUAAUUAAUGCGAUUUUAUUAGCACAAGGUCUGACUUAUAGCAUUUGCGUAUUUUCUACGAGAAUUUUAUUAAUGAAGACACAUUGGUGUCUGAUACAACCGAUGUUGUCCGAUGAUAAAACUGUCAUGUAGUAACAUCGCAUAGUGACGUAUAAUCCCAACCUGAGCCGUUACUCUGAAAGUUCCAAUAGGGAUACAAAUGAUACGACGUCAUCGCUAUGGAUAUUGAGAGAACUACUUGCGGCGGGAUCGGUAAAGCGGUUGCUGUUGUGCUUCAUUUGAAGAGUAUAAUUAUAUUCUGAUGUUAAGUUACACCGCCACAUGGAUACUCACAUUGGCAGAAGGCUCGCAGUGCGUUGGCGUUUAAGAAUUGGUAUGCUCUUUUCUUGAAGGACCCUAAGUCGAUUUCGUUCGGAAAUAUUUCAGUGGGCAGCUGGUUCCACAUAGUGGUGGAGCGCGGUAAAAAACGCUCUGAUGUGGAACGACGAACGUAAAGGUGAUACGGGUGAAAAUUCGUAUUCUGGCUCGACGUCCGAUGAUGACACAUUAAUUGUAAAUUUACCUAAGUACUUAACAUUGUUCUUUGUCCCAAUAUGUCAAUUGUUAAUUUAUAUAUAAAAUGUAAAGCAGUUUAAAAGUUUUUGGUGGAAUGAACUUUGUGUGGUUUCAGGUUAUUUAGAAUUUUAUAUUUACGUUACGAUAGCGUAACAUUGCAAGGUCAAUGUCCGAUUAAUUAAUGUUUUAAGCAAAAUGUCUCAAAGUUACCAAUGUUCUAGUUAUGAUGUUUAACAUAUAUUUUAGUACGAAUGAUUGUAAUUUGAAAUGCCUUAAAACGUAUAAAAUAAAAUAAUAAAAUUGGUUUCAAGAUAUUUGUCAAGAAACAUGGAAAUUUUAUGAAAUUCGUAACACGUGCUUCGUAAGAAAAAAAACAUAUAAUAAAGCGUACUCAAAUAUCCAAUUUCAACCAUAUCACAUAUAACUUUGUAUAACCUCCUCACUUGAAGUUGGAUAAAAACAGUAAAUGAGUUUUAAUAUAUAUAUAUUUUAUGGCCGUAUAGUUUUACAGAAAAAUGUUCAAUAAUUUUUACCUAGACUAGAUUUUGUAUAAGAAUAUCGGUGCUCUUAUUAUUUGUGAUUUUUUACUAAUAAAUGAUUAUUUUAUC